CAACAACUAAUUCAUCCGUGUUGGUGCAAAUGUGCGACCUUGACCAACACAAUAUUAUUGCACUAUGUUCAAUACUUGUGCCUUCUUUGUUAGUUUCAAAGUUUCUUUAGCGAAUGAAUUUUAUAUUUUAUAAUCCAGUCUUUCUUUGACGGCUUAACUCUUUGUUGUUUCAAUACAGCAGGACUAAAGACAUAUGAGAUCAGAGUACAUACACUUCUCUGACAAAAAGAGAGGGGGGAAGGGGACAGUUCCAUCUUCGGUUGAUUUAUAUGUUUAAAUUGCAAUGGAUAACAUUUGGUACAUAGGCAAUGUUGGUGCUACAGAUUCACAUCUUCAUCGUAUGACCGCGGUUCUUACGCAUGCAUGGUUCAAGCAUAAACACACCUCAAGAUCAGGAGGGAACCAAAGAAAGAAACUCAAGCUUAAUUAACCAAGACAAGACUCACAGCAAACACAUACAGACCGAAGAACAAACAAUGGAACAGGCUGUCUGCCAGCUGACCUUGCAGAGUUCAUGGAGUUCAGAUGUGUGCACCAGGGACCUGGAUAACCUAAGGGGGAUCAUCUCUAUACAUGGACCAAGUAGCCAAGGCCCAAGAACAACCCUGAUGAUACACACAAAGCCCACAGACCUAGCUCUAAGGUCCUAAGUCAACUAGAUCAAUACUGGAGGCAAAUCUAGUUUAGCUCUUAUGUUCUGUUCUUAUUUUCUUCUAUUUUGUAUAUGUGCUUGGCAUGUGAUUUUUAAGUAAGGUUUAGGGAGUUAGUUAGGCCCAAGUUUAGCCGUUAUUUUGUAUUAGAGCCCUAUAUAAAGGAACCCUCUUAGUUAUAAAAGGAUGAUUUUCAGAUUUUAAUCAAAACACACUGUGUUUUUUUCUUUCAAACAAUUCUGUUUGAGACAAGUGUGAUUGAAACACUUGAGUUCUUUUGGUUUGUGAGUGAAGCAAACCAAGGAGCAACCACAUUCUCCAAGUGAGUGAAGCUUUGAGAGAGUGUGUAGGAUCUCAGCCUUGGUGAGUGAAGCCAUUGCUGGAAACUUGGACACAUAGCCUGAAUAUCAAGAAUUGAGUUCUUGGUCUUGUUUGGGACCAUUUUGAAGAGUGAAUACACAAUCUGGUCUGCUAUGAUUUAGUAGGCUGGUUGUGAGCAAGUUUAGGAGUCCAAACACCCCUAAACUUGGUGCAAAUUUGUAUCAGAGCGUAAGUCACGAAGAAGGACAGGAGAUCAAGAAUAAGACAUUUGAAUGUGCAGAGGGAAUUAGAAAGGAUUCUUGUGUUGAAUUGCACAUGCAGAAUUGGUAAACUCUUUCUAAUUUUUCUUCUUUAACUUACGAGUAUUAGUAAUCUGAAGGCAGGUAGAUAAUUUUUUGAUCAAAUUUUUGUUAACAUUUUGAGUAAGUCAGAUAAUACACAAGACUUGUCACCUAAUAAUUAGAAUUGUGAUCUUGUUUUCUAUGUAUUGUUUUGUUUUGGAAAAUUCUUCGUAUAAUCUGAGUUGGAUUGAUCUGAGACUAUGGAGGCUAGAAUGGAAGCAUUAGAAGCAGCAUUACAGGCAAUAACCCAAACCUUGGCCACUGCUGGUCUUGGAAAUCCAGAAGACCACAUAACAAUAAUCACAAUAACAGUGCUGCAUUGAGAAAUCAAGAGGACUAAACAGUUAGGAUUGAUUUACAGGAUUUUGAUGGCCGAUCACAUGACCUUAAGACUUACAUUGAAUGAGUGGCUAGCCUAGAUAGAUAUUUUGACUUUAAGGACACUUCACCUGAGAGACAGUACAAGUUGGCUAAAAUAAAAUUAACAAAAUUAGCAGCUGUAUGGUUAGAGGGUGUUCAGAAGCAGAGAAGAAAGGAAGAUAGGGCUAGAAUCGAUACAUAGGACAAACUUAAGAAACAUCUAAGGAGGAAAUAUGUUCCUUCAAAUUACAACAACUCUAUGUAGAAUGGAAUAACUUGAGUCAAAGGAACAAGAGUGUUGUUGAUUAUUUGCAGGAGUGGGAAAGACUAUCAGUACUUUGUGAAGUUUCUGAAAUAGAUUGGAGUGAGGGUGGCAAAAUUCAUUGCAGGACUUAAGGAUGAUAUUAGGGAGAAACUUAUGAUAAUACCCAACUUGACUUUACAAUUGGCAUGCAACAUAGCUUUGAAUAUAGAGAAGGAGGCUGUAAAGAAGAGGAUUAAUAACAACUCUGGGUAUAGUAAGACACCUAAAACCUUACCACUUAAGCUAACAACUAGUUCACUUAUUCCACCUAGGGUAGAUAGCCAGAACAGUGGAGUAAAGAACAAAGCAAAUGUGCCUCUCAAAAAUGUAGUUUGCUUUAAGUGUCAUGGACAUGGACACUAUAGAGAUGCUUGUCCUAAUGCCAGGGCUUUCACUAUAAAAGAGUGGGAGGAGAUUAAGGGUGACACUGAUCCCAAGGUGAUGUUAGUAUCUAGGAAUGGAAGAGAAGAAGAGAGUUGGCCCCCUAUAGGUAGUGAAGAACCUGAUAGAUCUUACAGAGUGAAUGAGACAGGAAGCUUACAAAGGUAUGAAAACAGUAUAGAGGAUAGUGAGUCUGAGGAAGAAAGGGAGAGGAUAACGUGAUGUACGAUCACCUACAUCUAAUUCUCAUGAGCUAGCUAAGAUCAAUACAAUGAUAUAUCAAACGAAAGACGCUCAAAUUCAAAGUCUAAAUGUCAAGCCCUUUAAUUUCGUAGUCAUGAUCUAAGUCUUCAUUAAUUUGAGUCUUUUAUUUCAUUUUAAAUAUUUGAGUCCUUUAGAAAUGAUUAAGCCAGGUUUAGGAUCAAGCUUAAUCAUGUCUCAUGUGUAGUUAGUUGAGUUGUAAUUUUCUUUUAAGUCUAGUAUUUAUUUUUUGGCUCAAAUGGGUUCGAAAUUUACAAAGUGUGUGAAGCAAGAAUCGAAGCAAAACAUUCAGCCAUAAAAUCAGCAUGAUGGCUGAAAAUCAUCAAGGAUUUAUGAAAUUUAUUGAAGGACAUUUGCAAAUCAAGUCAAAUCAAGCCAAUCACUUUAUUUUCAAAUAUCCUCUAGAUUUAAAAAUAUAGCUGUUGGAAACUUGCUUUUAUCCUAUAGAUUUAAAAAUAUAGCUGUUAGCUUACUUUUGUGUAAUAUUCAGAUUUUUUUGCAAGUUGUAAUCUUUUGUAGCUGAAUUCUAUAGUAUAAAUAGGCUACUUGCUCUCUAGUAAUUCACUCACUUUCAUUACAAUUUUUAAUACAAACAACCUUUGAGCAUUUCUUGUUCUUUCUUUGCAAUUUAAUUUUAACUUGGAGUACUUGAAAGUAUGUUGAAGUUCCUUUGUUUUUCAUUCUUUAGGCUAAAGAUUGAAUGUGUUCUUAGGAGCCCAUAGCUUUAAUUCCGUGGUGAAUUCUGUAUCGAAAUUAAACCUUUGGUUCAGCCAUUUUUAAGUUGUUCAAUUAACAUAUCUUUUCUUAAUUUUCCUUGUUUCAAAACCACAAAAAUCACAAAACAAUUCUAUUACAAUAGAAACUAAUCAGCCUUAUUUAUUGAAUUCAAAACUUCAAAAUACAAACGUGUGUUUAUAGUUUGGUUCUUGUUUAAUACAUAGCCAACCUAUAUCGUCUUGGUAUCAGAGCCAAGGCUACGCUCCUAGCCUUAAUUUGGUUCAUUCACAAAGCAAAACACCAUGUCUCAAAGUGGUGAAGGAGAAACAAGUGAUUGGAGCAGAAUUGAUGAAGAGCAAAACGCCACCAUUAAAUAUCUACAAGCCCAACUUAAAGAGUUUCUAGACCUAAAACGCACCCUAAGGGAAGGUGGGGAUAAUGAGUCUGAAAGUCCUACAGUUAAUAGGCAAAAAAGCCCUGGAGAUGAUCUUAAAGUCGACAUUCCAAAAUUUGAAGGAAGAUUAGAUGGAGAUAAGUUCCUUGAAUGGGUAAGAACCGUUGAAAGAGUAUUUGAUUACAAGAAUACGGAUGAAGAAAAGAAGGUAAUGAUAGUAGCAUUAAAAUUGCGCAAAUAUGCUUCUACUUGGUGGGCUAGCAAAUGUGCAAAACGAGAAACAGAAGAGAAACACAAGAUUAGAUUAUGGGAAAAGAUGAAGAAGCAAAUGAAGGAAAAUUUUCUGCCUUCAUACUACAUGCAAGAGAAUUUCACCAAACUUCAACAUCUAUAACAAGAUGGCAGGAGUGUAGAAGAAUAUGGUCGAGAAUUUAAAACCAUGAUCAUGAGAUGCGACCUUAAGGAGGAUGAUCACCAAACCUUGGUAAGAUUUUUAAAUGGUUUAGAUUCAAAAAUUAGAAACAUUGUUUAAUUACAACCUUAUGCUUGCCUUGAUGAUUUAAUUAACCUUGCACAUAAAGUGGAUAAACAACAAAGAACUAAAAUAAAGGAAACCUCACGUUUCACUUCAGCAAGAACUAACAAUUUCAAUUCCUACCAAAAGAACACUCCCCAUUCCUAUUCUAAAGCCCAUUCACAAGAUUCAGAAGCUUUGCAAAACAAUCGUUUAAAGCAGCCCCUAAGUGUGCCCAAUACACCCAAACCAAACACCAAUUCACUCACACCUAGGAGAUGUUUUAAGUGUCAAGGCCUAGGACAUAUUUCUUCCGAAUGCCCAAACCGAAAAAUGGUGAACUUGGUUGAGUUUGAAGAUUAUUAAGAAGAAAACAAGGAGGAUUUCCUUGACAAUGAAGAACUUGAUGAGGAAAUGAUAUAUUCGGAUGAAGGAGAAAUUCUGGUCAUGCGGAGAGCUCUUAGUGGGGUCAAAGCCAAAGAUCCAAACCAACAAAGGGAAACAAUAUUCCACACAAAAUACACGGUUAAAGGUAAUAUUUGUUCGCUUAUCAUUGAUGGAGGAAGUUGCACUAAUGUCGCUUCAAAAACUAUGGUGGACAAGCUUAAUCUCACCACCACUCCAUACCUCGAGCCAUACAUGAUUCAAUGGUUGAAUCAGAACAAAGGUAUUCCUAUAAACUCUCAAGUUUUACUAUCGUUUUCAAUAGGCAAUAGUUAUAAGGAUAGUCUUAUAUGCGAUGUUAUACAUAUGAAUGCUUGUCAUGUUUUAUUAUGUAAACUGUGGUAGUGUGAUAGGAAAGUUAUGCAUGAUGGUUUUAGAAACACACAUACUUUUGUUUUAAAUAACAAAAAGAUAAC